AUGGAAUCCUCGCCGCUCACCAAAGCGCACGACCACGCGCGAGCGGCUGCCGUGGCCACUCGCCAGUCCUCCGACACCACCGUGGCCAUCAGCGAACACACGCUGGCCGCGGGCGAGUUUGCCAAUGCCGCCAACCUGACGUCGAGCGUCGAGGCGCUCCGGACCCUCAAGCUGCUGGAGGAGCACCACAGGAAGCUCGCCGAGAUCCUCAAGCUGCCCCCGGAGCAAGUACCGCAUAUGCGCGACGACGGCGAGAAGAUGGCGUCGGAGAAGGAUGGCGAUGGCCUCGGCACCGAUGCGGGCGACGCUCUCCAGGCCGCAGUCACCAAGGCCCAGCCGCCCGGCCUGUCGCAGCGCCGCUACAUGCCUCGCGAAAUGUCGUCGUCCAUUGCCAGCAAUCUUGCGUCGGCGAGGGGCAUCCGGUCCAAGGAUCGCAGCCAGCCGCUCAGCCCCAGCGUGUCCAACGACCAGGCGCCGGGCAAUGUCGACCCCCAGGCCAAACGCGAUGCCUCCAAGGCCAAGAUGCAGAACAUUAUGGAACGCCAGACUGGUCGCCCGACUUGGGUCCCGCCCACCACUCCCGUGUCUAAGCAGCAGGAGGGAGCGGCAAACGGCGGCGCGUCUCCCAAGGUCGAGCAAGGCCCUCCAAGGGACGAUGGUGGCUACACCCGCUUCUACAACACCUUUGGAAGCCUCAUCAACAAGAUUUCUGCCCCUCUUGCUUUCGCCGGUCUGCCGCUCAUCCAGGAAGAGCCUGCCACCCCUGCUGAAUCUGUCAUGCCUUCGUCCAGUGUCAACCUGUCUCCCACCAAGCAACCUCGUGCUCGUGCCUCCCCGUCUCCCGGCGCUGAACCGGAUCUGUCCAAGAUUUACUCAAAGGCUACCAUGCGCGCCCUCGUCCGAGAUGGCCACACUGCUGCUGACUCUUUCUACGUUGUUCCCUCUACCGGUCAUACCAUGUCUUAUGCCAACAUCCUCAGCUACGCUGAAAAGGAAAAGCGCCGGCUGGAAGCCUCAACUCAUGGCGACUUCUUGCCUCAGGAUGAAGACGACGAUGACUUUGUUGAUGCCCGUGAAGCCCCUGGUUCUUCUGUAAGCGCCCGACGACGGAUUACGCGUAGCCACUCGGAAAAGGAACUGUACAACACCAUCGAGGAACUCAGUCUGGAAAACAAAUCGCUAAAGGAUAUGCUUGAUAAACUGUCGAAACGCCUCCACACUUUUGAAGCCAGUGCCCAAAGCUCUGCUCUCGCUCUCGCUGAAAGCUACCGUAUCAUGCCUGGCGGGUCGCCGCUCCCUGGUGGAAGCGGGAGAGCGAAUGACGAUGAAUUGGUACGCAAGAAUAACGAACUGGAGGAACAACUUGCCGAGAUGACGAAGCACAUGGAGCGCCUGGAGAAGGAUAACCGUAAGAUGCAAAAGACGCUUGAGAAGUACCGUGAGAAGUGGGAGACGUUGAAGGCUGGUGCCAAGGCUAGGAGGGAGGCGCAGGUGACGGCUGAGAGCGUGGAAGACGCACGCUCUCAAGUGUGA